GUUCCUCCGACUCCCGAGACAAAUGUCGAUCAACCAACACCUAAAAGGGGGGCUGAUGCAGAUUUGAUGUUCCUCAUGCCGGUGUGUAAGCCCAAGGGGUCGGAAGCGAUGUCCAUAUUUAUAGCCACUGGGAUAAUCUUUGGGGGAAUCCAUUGCCUUGCAUGGUCGUUCCCCUUUCCGACACGCGCGGAGAUGAUUCUAUGGUGGGUUUCAGCAAUAUGUAUUACAGUGGCUCCUGUUUUUCUAAUGUUGGGCGAAUUGAUUGGGGGUUAUAUUCCGGCUAUUGGUGGGGUUAUGAUACUACUUACUGGACUUGUUUACGCUGCUACGCGGGUCAUCCUCCUUGUUCUCACCUUCAGUUCUUUGCGUUCACCUCCGCCUGACCUAUACCAGACCCCGUCUUGGUCAUCAUUCCUCCCACACUUUGGAUAGCUGUUGUACCGAGCCAAAUCACGCGCGGUACGAUGCAACCAAGAAAAUUCGGCAAAUCAACAAAUAAAGUAUGAUAAUAAGGGGUGAUAAAGAUACGAGAACGGAU